AUGCCGACCCUCGCACUGAUCAACUUCAACAUCGUCUGUGCGACACUCGGAGGCUUUGUUUCCCUCUUUGGCCUGGUAUCCUACCUGUGCAAGGAGCGGUUUUAUCUGUCCGAAGCCCUGAUCUCGCUGCUGGCGGGAGUUGCCUUCUCCCCCCACGCCGCCAAUUUCAUACGCCCGGAUGACUAUGCCUUGCACUCGGAGCAGAAUCUGGAGGCCAUCACCCUGCACUUCACCCGCCUAGUUCUGGGUGUGCAGCUGGUUCUAGCAGGCGUGCAGCUCCCCAAGCGCUAUCUCCAGAUCGAAUGGCGGAGCUUGGCGCUUCUGCUGGGACCGGGGAUGGCUGCGAUGUGGCUAUGUAGUAGUCUGAUCAUUUGGGCUAUGGUGCCCAACUUUAAGUUCCUGCAUGCGCUGAUCGUGGCCGCCUGUGUGACGCCUACCGACCCUGUUCUGUCCAACUCUAUCGUUAAGGGCAAGUUUGCGGACAAGCAUGUCCCGCGCCCGCUACAGCGGAUCAUUGUGGCCGAGUCUGGUGCCAAUGAUGGCCUGGGAUAUCCCUUCCUCUUCUUUGGCAUUUAUCUGCUCAAGUAUGUGGGAAUGCACGGCGAAGGCUACAGUGGAUGGGCAGGGAAGGCUAUGGGGCAGUGGUUCCUUGAGACCUGGCUGUAUACCAUCGUUUUGAGUGUUAUUUACGGCACUGUGGUCGGUUACCUGUCGCGGAAGCUCCUACACUGGGCAGAAGAGAAGCGUUAUGUUGACCGCGAGAGUUUCCUGGUGUUCGCUAUUGCGCUUGCGCUCUUUAUCGUGGGGACUUGCGGUCUUAUCGGUACUGAUGACCUUCUCGCAUGCUUUAUUGCGGGAAAUGUAUUUACGCAGGAUGACUGGUUCCGCCUUGAAACCAUGGACGACUCGCUUCAGCCGACUAUUGAUAUGCUUCUCAACCUGGCUGUCUUUAUGUGGUUUGGCGCCGUCUGCCCAUGGUCAUCCUUCCUCAAUAACGACAUCAUCCCGAUAUACCGCCUCAUUUUCCUGGGAGUUCUCAUUCUGUUGGUUCGCCGGAUGCCUAUCAUUUUUGCAAUGCACAAGUACAUCCAUCAAAUCGAGCAUAUCUCCCAUGCAGCAUUCGUCGGAUUCUUUGGUCCAAUUGGUGUUGGUGCCAUUUUCUACCUUUCUAUCAGCCGAGAAUUUCUCCGAGAGAUUACGGUCGACGGCAAGGUGCGAGAGGAUGCACAGCAAGUCAUGGACGCGGUCAAUGUCAUAGUGUGGUUCUUGGUGAUCUGUAGUAUUGUUGUACACGGACUGUCAGUCCCCGUUGGCAAGGCCGGCUAUAACCUUCCACGCACUAUCUCCAGUGUCAUCAGCACUAGUACUGUUAAUGAGCCUGAGCCGGUGCCCAUCUCGAGCAUUCGCCACACACACAGCACCGCGACUCCUCAUGGAGAUUCUGCAGGCCCAAGCCACCGGUCUCGCAAGCGUGGUGCGCAGCGUGGAUCGCCACGUCCGCCAUUGUUCCGCGUUGGCCGUACGGUCAUUCGCCCGCGUUCGCCUAACAGCCAGCCCGGUAUGGGUUCCACUGACGAGCCUGAACGACCCGUCAACCUGGUUCUUCAAGAGAGAGACGUUGGUGUAAAUGAAAAUGGCGAGAACUCAUCCAGCGCCUGA